AAAACGAGUCAUGGCGGAGUCGUGGGGGUUGGCUUCGCUCGUCUUUGCUUGCUCUCCCCUGCGCGAUUUCGAGCGUCGACAUGGAGAAGAGGGAGGAUCUCAACUCCAUCCUCCCAUUCCUCCCCUUGUUCCUCCGAUCUUCCACCCUCUUCUGGCCCUCUAAGGCCCUCGAAGCCCUCAAAGCCCUCGCCCUGGGCCCCGCUGUCAGCCGCGUCCGCUCCGGCGGGGUCCUCUUCGACGCCAUCCUCGACCUCAGGGACUCCCUCGGCCUCUCCUCCUGGGAAUUGACCCCACGUACCGCUUCUGGAUACGCCCUCUUCUUUGAUGAGAUGAUGUCUGGGAUGGAUUCGAGGGUGUGGUUCGAAGAGGUCGUUCCGGGGAUGGCUAGACUGUUGCUACGUUUACCUUCUCUCUUAGAAGCACAUUAUCUGAAGUCCGACGAAAUGUUUGGUGAAGGAAAGGCUGGGCUUCGCUUCAUGGGACCUCAAGAACCAGGCUUAGUGUUUCUUAAUCAGGAAUUGAUAGCCGCUCUGCUCUCUUGUGCAAUGUUUUGCUUGUUUCCCACUAGUGAUAGGGAUGUGAGAUGUCCUCCAAUCAUCAAUUUCGAUGUAUUGUUUGCUUCACUUAAUCGUAAUGGAAAACACUGUCAAGAACAGAAAGUAAGAUGCCUUGUUCACUUCUUUGAGAGGAUAUGCUUAAGAAUGCCCACUGGAUAUGUUUCCUUUGAGCGAAAAGUUCUUCCUCGGGAAAGCAGUGAUCACGGCGUUACAUAUCCUACAUCUGCUAACUGGAGUACAUCUACUGUUCCUCUGUGCUCUUUUGAGGUCUUUUCCUCAGGCUCGAUCGAAGAUCAGCCACAUGAAGCUAUUGAAGUAGAUUUUGCAAAUGAGUAUCUUGGAGGAGGUGCCCUUAAAUGGGGCUGUGUGCAGGAAGAGAUCCAAUUCAUGAUAAAUCCAGAACUAAUUGUUGGCAUGCUUUUCAUGGCAUGUAUGGAAGAUAAUGAGGCUAUUGAAAUUAUUGGUAUUGAGAGGUUUUCCUGUUACAUGGGAUAUGGUUCCUCAUUCCGAUUUGUUGGUGACUACCUGGAUAACAAACCAUAUGAUUCAAUAGGCAGACGGAAAACACGGAUUGCUGCCAUAGAUGCUUUAUGCAGUCCGAGAAUGUGGCAAUAUGAAGUUGAAGGCCUUGUACGGGAGACAAACAAGGCAUUCUGUGGAUUCUUGGACCAGUCAGUGUACAAGCGUCGCCUAAAGUGGUAUGCAAAUAGUUCUAACCAAGAGAUGAGCACUGGGAUUUCUGAAAAUGAAAAUAGAAGUGAGGUUGAAGGAAAUAGUGACAGUGAAAGCUCCCAAGUGAUGGACUCACAGGAUAAUGUUGGAAUUGCAACUGGAAACUGGGGAUGUGGAGCUUUUGGUGGUGAUCCUCAAAUAAAGAGUAUAAUCCAGUGGCUUGCUGCAUCACAGGCAUUAAGACCCUUCAUCCAUUAUUACACAUUUGGUGAAGCAGCUUUGCAAAGAUUAGAAGAGGUGAGACAAUGGAUCUUGUUGCAUGGAUGGACGGUUGGUGACUUGUGGAACAUGUUAGUUGACUACUCUGACCAAAGGUUGAACCGCAAAACUCAUGUUGGAUUCUUUGCCUGGCUCCUACCUUGUAAUAAACCCAAUGAUGUGCCACACACAUCUGAAGAGUGAGUUCUUCAAGAUGCUAUUCAAAAAUGCUCCUCCUCCAUAUGACAAAAAGAGAAGUCAACUUCAUCUUCUGAUUUCUGCUACUUGUGUCUCCAAUUGCUGUUUUGGUUGAAACAAGUCAUGGUGGGAUUCAGCUAUGCGCAGCAAAAUGACACCAGAAUAUGUAGGCAAGUACAAGCCAAUUUAACUAUAAAUGCAAUAGUAUUCUUUAAGAUGAUGACAGCAUAUUUGUAUCUUCUCUUAAUAAUGGGGACUUGAUGGGAACAUCAACAUACAACAACAUUAUGGCAGACAAUUGGCAUCAACAUUGUUGGAAAUCUGCCACCUAACUUGGCUUUCUGCCUCUUAAUUGCUCUAAGGGUUACUUGAAAGAGUCCAGCCAACAAGGAACUUGAGAAGUUUUAA